CCUCCUUCUGGGGCACUGGAUCCAUACACAUGUGAAUGUGCCCACGCCAGUGCCAGAAGCUAACCAAAUGCAGUCCUCCUUGGUGGCCUUUUACUCAGAAAACAAAAAUAUUGAUAACACUGCAGAAAAUUCAAGCAAAGCAGAAUCCAAGAGAUUGGCAGAGUUUAGAAAAAAAUUGAGGGAGACUACUCCAAUAAAUGACUUAGGUGAACAAGCUGAAUUACAACCCAAGAAAGAUGAUCCUUUGCCCCCAUUCCCAAACAAUACUAAUCCAGAUACAGGGGAAGUUGGUGGACCGAGGGGACCGGAACCAACUAGAUAUGGUGAUUGGGAAAGAAAAGGCAGAGUAUCUGACUUUUGAUUCACUUAGACUGAUUAUUUAAAAACAAAAUUUAUAUUUAUUAGAUAAAAGUUGUAGCAUUCUAUUCUGUUUUGUUAAAUAAAUGUAAUAGUACUCUAGAAGAUUGCAGAUGAUUAGGAGGAGAAUUGUAUAGCUAGCUAUGUUUCAAUAAAAUACUUUAAAUGAAA